AUGGGCACAGACAUAAGCAUUCAGCAAGAUUUAAAUUAUAUAUAUAUGCAACAAAGCAUGGGGAAGAAAGUCCACGUGGCAAUAUUCUCCUCCCCCGGGAUGGGCCACAUCAUCCCACUGGUCGAGUUCUCCAGAAAACUGGUCCUCCUCCACCCCCACGAGUGCACCGCCACCAUCAUCAUCCCCUCGCUGGGCCCGCCGCCGGAAGCCCAGGCCCAACUCCUCCAAACCCUCCCGCCAGCUGUCUCCCACGUGCUCCUCCCGCCCGUGGACCCCACCGACCUGGCCCACGUCUCCACCGACGCCAAGCUCUUCCUCACCGUCGAUCGCUCCAUCCCGCACCUCCGCGGCGCCAUCGCCGCCCUCGCCCGCAGAUUCCCGCUGGCGGCCCUCGUCGCCGACAUAUUCGGCACCGACGCGUUCGACGUCGCCAGAGAAUUCAACCUCGCGGCCUACUUUGCGGUUCCCUCCAACGCGCUGACGCUUGCGCUCUGCAGCUACAUGCCCAAGCUGGACGCCGAGGUUUCCGGCGACUACCGCCAGCUGGCCGAGCCGAUCCGGCUACCCGGGUGCCGGUUUGCGUUCCCCGUCGGAGACCUGCAUCCCUCGAUUUUGGACCGGAAGAGCGACGCGUACGAGCGGAUCCUUCGCCACGCCAAACGGCAGCGUUUGGCGGACGGGUUUAUAGUCAACACCUUUAUGGAAGUUGAGGGCGAGAUUAUAGAGGCUUUGAGGGGGGAAGAGUUCGCCAAUGGAAGGCCCAUCUUCCCUAUUGGGCCCAUCAUUCAAUCCACUAUUACUGACGAUGGAAGACAAAACGAAUGUUUGGAAUGGCUAGACAGUCAACCACCAGCUUCUGUGCUGUUCGUUUCAUUUGGGAGCGGCGGAACUCUAUCACAGGAGCAAUUGACUGAACUGGCGUUGGGCUUGGAGAUGAGCCAUCAACAAUUUCUGUGGGUAGUAAGAAGCCCAAAUACCACCAGAGACACAAACGCCUCCUACAUCGGCCCACAGAGCAAUUCCAACCCAUUUGAUUACUUGCCGGAAGGGUUUCUAGGCAGGACUAAAGGACGAGCCUUAUUGGUGCCAUCGUGGGCCCCACAGAUUCAAGUUCUCAGUCAUAGAGCAACCGGUGGGUUCUUAAAUCACUGUGGUUGGAACUCGACGCUGGAGAGCAUCCUCAAUGGUGUGCCUCUCAUUUCAUGGCCUCUGCAUGGAGACCAGAAAAUGGUGGCGGUGCAGUUGGUGGAGCAUCUGAAGAUUGCAUUGAGGCCGAUUGCGGGGGAAGACGGGUUGAUCAGACGAGAAGAGAUAUCGAAAGUGGUAAGGGAUUUGAUGGUGGGAGAAGAAGGGUUAGCCGUGAGGAACAAGAUGAAUGUGUUGAAGGAAGCAGCGAAGAAUGCCAUGAGUGAAGAGGGAUCUUCCACGAAAUCGUUGGAACUUCUUGUGUCCCAAUGGAAGAAUCGGAGUGGAGAACCGAGCUUGGGUACUUAG